UUGCCCGAGAGUUUCUCUUUUUUUCUUGCUGCUCCACGAAGAACCAAGGCUCGGAAAGUUCCCCCACAGAGGAAAACCGCGACACGUUUUCUUCUGAGCGAAAUUCCGCACACCAUUUCUUUUGCCAGCUUCAUAUUAACACUUCCUUCGAUAUGAUUCUUCUCACCCAGAGCUAUUUCACCGCCAGUUCCUGCUUCGGUCCAUUCCGAUGACGGAAGUUCACUGUAGUAUGCCUAGCGGAGAUGAUGAAGAUACGCCGGCCAAAUGCCGAGAGCGCCGGCGCCGUAGAAUAGAGAUGAGACGGUUAGCAACAGUAUCGUCGGCGAAUCCAUCGCCUUCUACCGCUCAUCACCAGAAAGAGAAUCAAACUGGUACUUCCGGUUUUGAGAAGAAGCGUGGUCAGAAAACGGACGGCGACGGUAAUCCGGAGAUUUCAUCGUCUUCGUCAUCGGGGGAGGACGUGAAAACUGUGAGAGCUUCACCAUCGGUACCCCAGCCGGUUUUUGGGAUGAUGUCGGUUUCAGGGAGGUCACGUGAGAUGGAGGAUGCAGUAUGUGUGAGCACGUGCGUUCUUGGUUCAGAAAAUUUCCGACGGCAAGUGGUGCAUUUCUUCGCCGUCUACGAUGGACAUGGAGGCCCUCACGUGGCAGCAUUAUGUAGGGAGAAGAUGCACGUGUUCGUACAGGAGGAAUUUUCGCGCGUUAUUAGCACUCGCGGGGAAAAUGAGAGUGGCGGCGGCGGAAGUAGCGCGGGGGAGGAGGUUAAGUUUGAGGAGGAGGCGACUUGGAGAAGAGUGAUGCGGCGGAGCUUUGAGAGAAUGGACGAAGUGGCACUCAGUACUUGUGCCUGUGGGAGCGUCGGAGGUCAGUGUGGUUGCCAUCCCAUGGAGGUGGCUCUAGGCGGUUCUACCGCCGUCGUCGCUGUGCUCACGCCGGAUCACAUAAUAGUCGCCAACUGCGGCGAUUCACGCGCCGUCCUUUGCCGAGGAGGGACAGCCAUUCCGCUUUCUAUUGAUCACAAGCCUGAUAGAAAUGAUGAGCUAGCAAGGAUUGAAGCUGCUGGAGGACGGGUGAUUUUCGUAAAUGGAGCCCGUGUUGAAGGAAUCCUUGCCAUGUCCCGUGCGAUAGGGGACAAAUAUCUCAAGUCAGUUGUAAUAUCGGAACCUGAAGUUACUUUCACCAAAAGAGAAUCAGAGGAUGAAUGUUUAAUACUUGCUAGCGAUGGUCUGUGGGAUGUUCUUCCAAGUGAGUUGGCUUGUGAGGUAGCUCGUGAAUGUCUCCAAGGAGUGGCAGCUACUACUACUACUACUACUACAAUAGACCUCAAUGCUGUGCCUCAAAUUGAAGAAGAAGCGGCUGGAACUUCUUAUCCUUCUCGAAGUGCAUUGGCUGCUGCAUUGUUAACUCGUCUUGCUUUAGGGCGGAAAAGUACAGACAACAUCAGUGUCAUAGUUAUUGAUCUAAAAAGGAGUUGAGAAAAAAAAAAGAAAAGAAGUUAAGGUUUGACCAUGUGGACGUUUGCACAACCUUGUUCUGGAUUGGAGGAGGCAUGAUUCAUUAAUAUAUGCCCCUCGUAGGUGAGAACUUAUUUCUCUAAUGAGUAGGUUUGCGAUUGAAUUUAUUAGUUGAAAGUUGUGUUGUAGAGUCUGAUGAGUGAAUGUUUUGGUAUUCUAUGUCAUCAUGAAGCACGAAAGAACUGAUGAUUGGAAGAAUUGUGUUCAUAUAAUCCAACAUUCUUCCAGCCACAUGAUGUUGUUGAGGAGCUUUUAUGGUGGAUACAAGCAUGGUCUUACAUCUCAAAAAGAUGAAGCUUUCUUCUUUUUGCUUGUGAAUUACAUUGGACAACAUUUUGUUAUUGUAUCAUUACAAGGUUUGUUGUAUAUUUUGCCUUGCUUGGUAUAUUUUGCAUUGGUUACAUAAUUGAUUAGAAUGUGUUGGUAGUUGAAGUCACAUGUUAACAUCUGAUCAUAUCUUUUUAUUAGAACUUGGUUGGUGAGAUUGAGAUUCGUUGGUAUUAUUUCAAGUAAA